AUGAUUGAUUUUACGGCAGCAACCGAGGAUAUCUGUGGACACGUGAAAAGGUGGAAAGUACAACAAGAAAACGAGAACCUGACCGUCCACAACACAAUCACUUUUGAGUUUGAGUGGGAGACAAAUACAGCCACGACAGGACCAUUGAACGGAGGUAAAAGAGGAUGGCACGUGGAGGAAAUGAGCCUGAAAAACUUUACGAGGGAGUGUAGAGAGAUGCUACGAGAUGAAAUAGAUGUCACUCCCGAAAUGCUAGUGAAUGGGAUCAUUGAAAAAUGCAAUGAAAACUUCCGAAAAAGAAACAAGGGAUACCGGGGUAGAAACCCAGCGUAUCUUGCGUGGAACAGUGACAUAGCAACAAAAAGGAACGAAUGCAUCAAAGAAAGGGUACAAGAGCACGAGCAAGAACUGGAGAGGAGGAAGAAGAAAGGAUAA